CACGUUAUCCGCGAGCGAACCAAUGGCGGCGCUCUCCCUCGCGCGAAGCCCCCCCCACCACCACCACGCCGCGGCGGCGCUCGCGCUCCCGGCCCCGCGCAUUCCCCGGCUCGCGCCGCUCCUCCGCACCCCUCGCCGCCCCCACCCGCUCAUCGACAUCCGCCGCCUCCCGGCCGCCGCGGUCGCGGCCUCCUCGCCUCCCGAGGCGCAGGCGGUCGAGGAUGGUGAGGAGGAGGAGGAGGAGGGGGGAGAGAAGCGGCGGAAGCUGUACGUGGCCAACAUCCCCUGGUCCUUCCCCGCGCCGGAGAUCGAGAAGCUCUUCGCGCAGUGCGGCGCCGUCAAGGACGUCGAGGUGAUCAAGGGGAAGGAUGGGAAGAAGAAGGGGUUCGCGUUCGUCACGAUGGCAACGGCGGAGGAGGCCGCCGCUGCUGUGGAGAAGCUCAACUCCCUCGAUGUCAUGGGAAGGACCAUCAGGGUGGAGUUUUCAAAGAGUUUCAGAAAACCUGCUCCUCCUCCUCCUCCGGGCACAAUUUUGGAGAGGCACAAACUUUAUGUGUCCAAUCUCCCAUGGAAAGCAAGGGCUCCCAAUAUGAAGGAGUUUUUCUCAAAAUUUAAUCCACUUUCUGCUAAGGUGGUCUUUGAUAGCCCAUCAGGAAAAUCAGCUGGUUAUGGUUUUGUUUCUUUUGGGACAAAAGAGGAAGCCGAAGCUGCUCUCACUGAACUCGAUGGGAAGGAGCUUAUGGGAAGACCUGUUCGUUUGAGAUGGCGACAAAGUGUAGAUGAUUCGGAUGACAGUGUAAAGGCUGAUGGUGAAAUUGAAGAUGCAAAUGUUGAUGGCGAGGCUGAAGGUGUCACUGAUAAUGGUACUAAGGAUCAUGGUGAAGAUAAACAGGAAUAGUUUAACAAUACUGUGUUUGGACUCGGAGAAAGUUACCAGCAGCCUCAUUAAUAGUACAUAUGUGGAGCCUCAUUGUACAGCUACAAGUUUUUUACAUUUCCUGAUUUUAAACAGAGGAGAUAUUGUAAUCAAAUACUGCAAUAUAUGUCUGUGGUUGACGGCUUGACGCUGAUAAGGAGAUGAGGAACAAAAGGGUGCCACCUCUGACCUAAGGUGAAAAAUUGUUGUUGAAUGGAUUAAUAUUUUAAAUUUUAGUGUUCAUUUUCAGUAAUGUAUUUACUCUAAUUAUCUGUAAUUUAUUGUGAUCAUCAAUCUUCUCCUGCUGAGACAAUUGUUGUCUCAGCAACUUUUAGGUAUUCCCUAUAGUAGUCCUUAAUUUGCCCAAUGAGGUACUAUUAAAAUACAAGUUACUCUUUUGUCGUGGACAUCACCUGUGGAAAGGAUAAAAAGGGAAAUCAUCAUGCCGUUUACUGUCCCCUUGA